AUGGUUUUUUUCUACAUUAAAUUAAUUUUAAGCUCUUUUUCUGAAAGCAUUCAAAGUAACAAAUUAAGUAUUGUUGAUGAAGAAAUUAGUUUAUUGGAAAGAGUUGAAGCAGAUAUUGAUUUUACGAUUCAUGCUAUAAAAUCAAGUUCUCCUUUGUUAAAGAGUGUAACAAAGAAUCUUUCUCCUUCUAAUUCCCUUAAGGUUGAUACUAAUAGUGAAAAGAGUGAAAUAUGUACAACAAAAAGUCAAUCACUAUCGUGUACUUUGUCUCCUAUUCAUGACUUAGAUGUAAAAAAGAGUGAAAUAUAUGCAAUAAAAAAUCAAUCACCAUCACAUACUUUAUCUCAUACCCAUGGUUUAGAUAUAAAAAAGAGUGAAAUAUAUGCAACUAAAAGUCAAUCACCGUUGUGUACUUUGUCUCCUAUUCAUGAUUUAGAUGUAAAAAAGAGUGAAAUAUAUGCAAUAAAAAAUCAAUCACUAUCACAUACUUUAUCUCAUACCCAUGGUUUAGAUAUAAAAAAGAGUGAAAUAUGUGCAACAAAAAGUCAAUCACUAUCGUGUACUUUGUCUCCUAUUCAUGACUUAGAUGUAAAAAAGAGUGAAAUAUAUGCAAUAAAAAAUCAAUCACCAUCACAUACUUUAUCUCAUACCCAUGGUUUAGAUAAAAAUAAGAGUGCAAUAUAUGCAAAAAAGAAUCGAUCACCAUCACAUACUUUGUCUCAUACCCAUGAUUUAGAUAUAAAAAAGAGUGCAAUAUAUGCAACAAAAAAUCGAUCAUCAUUGCGUGCUUUGUCUCAUACCCAAGAUUUAGAUAUGAAAAAGAGUACAGUAUAUGAAACAAAGAAUCAAUCAUUGUCACGUAUUUUGUUUCCUACCGAUGAUAUAGAUUUAAAAGAGGUUUCCAAGAAUAAAAAAAGUGGCUCAAAUCAACGUAGAAAAAUUAAGUGUAUUAUUGAUGGAUGCUCUAAAGAAACCCUUGAUCUUCCCAGGCAUUUACGUAGCAAAAAACAUAAAAACAUUCCAGAAGAUUAUGUAAAAAAAGCAUUAACUCGUUUUAAUUUAAGGAAAAGGUCAUCUGAGUUAAGUCAUUUAAAUGAGUGUCCUAUUCCUGGUUGUUUCAGUGCAGUAAUCAGAGUAGAUGAUCACCUGAAAAAUGUUCAUGGGCUUAAAUCAUCUGAUGAAAGUUAUAAAAGUUUAUUAAAAAAAUCAGCAAUAUUCCCAUUAAAUGAUACUCUUACAAUCAAUUUAUUAUCUCCAAAAAAAUAUAAUAAAAAUGAAAUGUUAGGGACAGUCAAGUUGUUGAAUGACAACAGUCAGAAAGAAUCUUUUGUUUCUAAUAACAAUUUGCAACCUAUACUUGAUCCAGUUAAUUCCUUGGCAGAAGAUAAUGCAUCUACAAUACAAAAUGUUUCAUCUUUCACAGCAUCUAAAGAAUUAGUUAAUGUUGAUGUUCUUUUAGCAGAUAGUGCUAAAACAAUAGCAGAUAGCAGAAAGAUGCCUACAAUCCUUGAUUCAGAUAAAGAUGACACUGAUAAUGAAGAUGAAGGUUCUGAGGAAAAUGACACUGAUGAAUCUUUUGUGGCAGAAGAUUUUUUUUUACCACUUCAUAAUUGUAUAAAUUUAUUUCUUGAAAAAUUCUUAAACUUUUUACUUGGUCCUGAAAAUUUACGUAAAAAAAGUUCUGCAAAUAGAACUGUUAGCGAUGUAAAGAAAUUCUUUUGUCUUGUAGAAGUCAAAGAAAAUAUUUCUGAUGUUUUUAAUGUUGAAACAGUUCGAGGUGUAUAUAUUCCAAAACUUGUGGCUAAUGACUUGAAACCUGGCUCUAUCAAAAAGUAUCUGUUUUCAUUAAUUGACCUCUGUGACUUUUUGUUGAUAGAUAGUUCUGCAUUACUUCUUUCAAAAUGUAACUGCUUAGAUAUAAACCAUCUAAAACUAAGUAUUAACAAAUGGAGAAAAACUUACAAUAAAGCAGACAGAAGGAAUUUUUGGUUAAGACAAGAAAGGGACCAUGAGUCAAUGAUAACACCUAAUCAGGUAAAGCAAUACUAUGAGUCUAAAAACUCCAGAGAAGCUUCCGACCUGUUUGAUAUAUUUAGCUCGAUUUGCAAACCAGUCACACAAUCCCAGUAUAUUACCAUGAGGGACCACUUAUUAGUUUUGAUACAUCUUGGAAAUGCACACAGAUCUGGAGUCACAGCAAAUAUAACUGUUGGAGAGUAUAAUAAGCAUGAGUUAAACUCAGAUGGAACCUAUAUUAUAUCAGUUUUGAAUCAUAAGACCUUUGAUACAUAUGGUCAUGCUCAUGUUGUUUUAAACCCAAUAACAUUCAAGUGGUUGACAAUAUACAUCACUAAAAUACGUUCACAAAUAUUAAAUCAUUGUGACAAUAUAUUUUUAACUUGGUCAGGGCAGCCCAUGAUUUCUGGUGCUAUAAGUGUUCAGCUUGGUUCCCUUUGGAAAAAGGCUGGCAUUUUUUAUAACGAAUCUGGUAAGCGAAAUAUAUGUGCCACACUGAUUCGAAAAUCUGCCUCCACUGGGGUUCGCGAAAAUACUGGAAACAUACAAGCAGUUGCUGAUCUCAUGGGGCAUGAUCCUGAAACAGCGAAAAAGCAUUAUUAUACUCGUUCUAUGCGAGACACAGCUCCAAAAGGGAGUUUGGCUAUCAGUAAGUAUUUUUAUGGCAGCAUGCCUAGUACUGCUUCAGUGUUAUCAGGACUAGACACAGAUUCAUUGGCUAGUCCUGAGAACACAAAAAUCAGAAAAAAGUGGAGUUCAGUCGAAGAACGCAUUUUAAAAAAUACAUUUAAUGGAUCUCCUACAAUGAGAGAAAUAGUUGAUAAAAUGCCAACAAUUAACAUAGUUACAACUCCUAAAAAAAUUUAUGACAAAAUUAGAAGUUUUUCUAGAUCUCCAUCUAUAAAGACCAACGUUACUCCUAAAAGGCAAAAAAUGUUUUCAAAACAAGACAUGUUACUACUGCAUUCAACUUGUAGUGAACUUUUUAAAGGUGGGCGGUUGAGUGAAGAUAUAAUUACUGAGCUUAUAAAAAAUACAGAUUUGAGCAUUAAGUACACCUGGAAACAAAUAAGAACUUGGAUUGUUUAUGAAAGGAAGAAAAAAAACCCUCAGUUAUGUAAUCAGGAGAUUAUAGAUUUAAUUUAGAUAUAUUCAGGAGAUUUGGAGGGCUGAAAGGGAUUUAUCAACUGCAGGAGUGUGCAUGGAGGAUGCAGAAACGUACCUUUUUUUUUUUGCAAACAAAAAAUAUUUGUUUUUUAUAUAGUUAUCCAGUAUAUUAUCAGUUCUGUUUACUUUGAUUGCCAGAGUCAAAUUGGAAAAAGUUUUAUUCAAGUUAUUUAGUUUUCGACUUUUUCGACAAUUUUUUUUUUAGUUUUUUUGUUAGCUUUGUCAAAAUUAGAAGUUUAUAAAAGCUCUCGGUAUUCACUUUUGAAAAAUAAGUUUUUGAGUCAAAAUUUUGAAGGUAAAGAAAGUUAGUAUUUGCU